CUAUCAACCAUGUUGGGAAUUUCUACGACCAAAGUGGUAGUUCAGUUGCUCACUGGAUAUUAGCGCUUCUUUCACUCUGUCGCCGUUCUUCACCCACAAGAUACUGUCAAAAUGUUGAUGCCAAAAAGGCACCGCGCUCUCAUCUAUGAAUACCUCUUCAAGGAGGGAGUUCUUGUGGCUAUGAAGGAUACCCAUCUCGCCAAGCACCCCGAAAUCGAUGUGCCUAACCUCCAUGUCAUGAAGGCACUUCAGUCCCUGAAGUCUCGUGCUUAUGUGACUGAACAGUUUGCUUGGCGCCACUACUACUGGUACCUUACCAAUGAAGGUAUCCAGUAUUUGAGGGACUACUUGCAUCUGCCCCCUGAGAUUGUCCCAGCCACUUUGAAGCCCAAGAGGACUGAGUCUGCUCGUCCAAGAGCUGCUGCUGCUGCCAGGCCUGAAGCUUCCAAGAUGUCAGAGGAUCGUUCGGCUUACCGGCGUUCCGCUCCAGCUGGUGGUGACAAGAAGGCAGAUGUUGGAGCUGGUGCCAACCCCAACUUGGAAUUCAGAGGCGGAUACGGACGCGGUCGUGGCUCAGCACCCCAAUGAACGUGUAAUUUUUGAGGAAGGUUGAAUAAACUUAUCCUUGACCAACA